UUGCCCUUGUGCUGCCAUGUGGAGGCUUCUCCUUGCCACGCUUCUGCUCGCCACCCAGGCGCAUGGUUGCGGAGUCCCCGCGUACUCCCCACUGAAGAGAGUGGUGAAUGGGGUGGAUGCUGUUCCUUACAGCUGGCCUUGGCAGAUCUCCCUCCAGUAUGAGAGCAACGGGGAGUUUCGGCACACCUGCGGGGGGUCCCUGAUCGCUCCCAAGUGGGUCAUGACCGCCGGACACUGCAUCUCCUCCUCCCGCAGCUACCGGGUGGUGCUGGGCGAGUAUGACCGGAGCCGGGAGGAGGGACCCGAGCAGUUCAUCCCGGUGAACGCGGGAGACAUUUUUGUGCACCCGGACUGGAACAGCAACUGCCUGUCGUGCGGGAACGACGUCGCCCUCCUCCGGCUCUCCCGCGAAGCGGAGCUCAACGACAAGGUGCAGCUGGGGUGCCUCCCACCCCCGGGAGAGCUUCUCCCCAACGGGCAGCCCUGCUACGUCAGCGGCUGGGGCCGCCUCUACACCGGCGGGCCCCUCCCCUCCAUCCUGCAGCAGGCCCUGCUCCCCGUGGUGGAUCAUGAGCACUGCACGCAGCCCGACUGGUGGGGAGCCACCGUCAAGGAGAACAUGGUCUGUGCCGGAGGGGACAUCCGUGCCGGAUGCAACGGUGACUCCGGGGGGCCCCUCAACUGCCAGGCUACUGAUGGGAGGUGGUACGUCCACGGAGUUACCAGCUUCGUCUCGAGCAUGGGGUGCGACACCUUGAAGAAGCCCACUGUCUUCUCCCGCGUCUCGGCCUUCAAUUCCUGGAUCGAAGAGACGAUCGCAAGCAAUGAAUGACCAGCAGGAAACACCAGCCUGUCCUUCCCUAAAUUCUCUGCCUAUCUUCAAGAAUAACAAUAAUAAAAAUCUUCUGUCUGCAGUGUGGCUUUCCUUCUUUCCAGUGUCCUCAACCCUCU